UUUAGUCGCAGCCCGAUGACGUGAGGUUACCGUAGAAACAGACGCAAUUUUGGUGUGUUAUUUUUGGGAUCGUGCACAUACAUUUUCAUAGAGGUCAACUAGCUAUCUAUCUCACUUACAUUUCACCAACUAGUUAUCAAACCUUCCGGAAGAGGACUAGGUAGCUUGUAAUAACAGACAUUAACAUGUACAAAUGUAUUAGCAAGCUGUAGUUGCUUGAGUUGAACAGCUAGUGCUAACACUAGUGCUAAUAAAUCGUCAUGAGUCUAUCUACGGGAGACACAGCUCUAUGUGCACUAGUGGCCAGGAAAGAUCUGAAGCCGGAGAAACAAGUUUCUCUUGUUCUCUCAAAGCUGCAAGAUAUCCUGAGGAGGAAGUCUGUCCAUGAUGGUGCACAACUGGAUGCAUUCAAGCAAGACUUGUAUAGAGAUGGAGUACUGAAAUACUGUGCAGAUGUCCUCAAUCUGAACUAUGAAAAAGUGGACGGAGGUUAUGCAUCUGCUACACAAAUUGCUGAAAUACUGAGCUCCUGUUGUGUGGGUGUGAAACUUGACAAAGACGAGCUGGCCUUCCAUAGGAGGCUUCUCCCAUCUGUCACAGAUAACCUUCUGUCUUUGGCUCUUCGGCUCAUGACAGGUCUGGAGGAAAACGGACAGCCUGAGAUGUUACAUCACUUCAGGAAGGUCAUGGCCUCUCUGUGUUGGCUUCUGAAAGGACACAAUCACCUGACUUCACAAGCCCUCCAGUCCACGCUCUAUGAGCACAUCCAGAUGAGUGAGGACGAGAGAGUGAAACAGGUGUGUCUGUCCCUGUGGCAACAGGUCCUCUCAACCAACAGUGAGUUACUUGCAGAUCUGAGGCUGGACUGUCUGUCUGUCUUUCUGGAUGACGUUGCAUUCGAGUUGACAAACUCCUCCCAUUCAGCUGUGGGUGGGGCAGCAGUUCGAUUGCUCCUCCUUGUUGCCAGACAAAAGGGCACCACCUUACGGUUCAUCAUCAACAGAUUCAGAGGAUUGGACAAGAUCAUUAGUAAAGAAUAUAGAGGGCGUGGUUUGGAUGAGGAAGUGGAUGAGCUGCUUAACCUGCUGCACAGUGGAGCUCACGAACCAGUGAAGACACAGGUGUCAGAGGAGUGUGUGCGUGCAGCGUGUGUCAUUCAGGCUGCGUGGCGGGCCUGUCUGACGAGGAGGCGGGUGAAGAAACUUCCGGGAGCUGUCAGCACGCUACAGAGGAGCUUCAGAGAGCGGAGGAGGCGGCGAGAGCAGCAGGCUCAGGAGGAGCGCUGGGCGGAGGAGCUUCGUCUGCAGGUGUGUGCCAGGAGACAGAAAGCCAGGAGAGAGUUCCACCAACGACAGCUGGAGCUGCUGCAUCUGCUGCCCCCAGGUCAAGUCCAGAGGUACCUGGGAGAGGUGGAAAAGCAGGCUGCUGUGAUCAUCCAAAAGGUUUGGCGAGGUCACAAAGAGAGGAGAAGAUUCAAGCAAGUCAGGCACACACUCUCUCAGUACCGGGCUGCUGUUGUUUUGCAGAGAGCGGUUGUACGUUUUCUAAAAAAACAAAGAGAGGAGAAAGUCCCUCCUCUUCCCUCUCCUUGGAUUUCUACGCAAGGCUUGACAGACAGGCGAAGAGCAGAGCUGAAAAAAGAGGUGGACGAAUACAUUGCCUUCCACCCUUCCUCUGUGGUGUCUGAAGGGGGCACUAGGGAGCUCCAUACCCAGACCCAGGCCUUGCUGUUGCAGCAUCUCCAGGGGAGAGAGGCUGAGAGGAAGGCCCACAUCCACACCCAGGCCCUGCUGGCUCAGAUCAACACUGACCUGGAGCUGCUUAUGAAUGCACCUGCCGUCAGUGUCGCCUCAACAGCUGACUGUGAGAUGUUCCGGAGUCGCUCCGCCCCUGUGGCCGCCAGAGCCCGGCAAUCCCACAAUGCCAUUCUUCAGGGUGCCAAGCUACCGUGGUGGAAGAUGCUGGGAAAUGAUAAUGAGUUUAUUGGUCUGGACUCUGAAUCUGAGCUCCCUGGUCACCUGGAAAUAGAGUUUGACACAUUGUUUAUGCCUGGAAGCAAAGAAAAACUUUUCACAAAGUUAUUAUAAUGUCACCAUAAUGUUACAGUAGGGGUGUGUAAGUUGAAUAUCUAAAAAUACAUGUUUUCGAAUAAUGUUUGCAAUAAAAACUGUUACUUUUUCUACAUAAA